AUGCUGAAAAUUUUGUGCGCUCUCGUUUCACAAACAAUCGAUGAUCAGCUGAUUCAACUGCAAACAACGACACUAUUUUCCGAAUCUGUUCAACCCGAUAAUAUUAUUCUAGCUAACGCCGAAGCAAUACGCGAACAGUUUGUUAAUACAACAUCAAACUCAUUUUCAGCUGCACUCAACACGAUACGCACAGUACUCCAAGGUAAUCAAAUUGUUAAUCGUCUAAAAACAAAUUAUCAACUGGCUAUACCAUCAACCCGUAGCACCGUCCAACAGCUAUCUCAUACGGCAGAGUAUUCAUCUGUAAAUGAUAGUUGUAUGUGUUCACUAUCAUCCUAUUGUAAAGCAACUACCGGUAUCUACAAUACGUCUGCUUACAUCCCAAAUUGUAAAUAUGACCAUACACCGCCAUGCAACAGUAAAAUAGACGGUGAAAUAGAAUUUGAUGUGCCAGGUAUUAGUGUUGGCUGUUUAGUUCUGGAUGCUGUUCUACAGUCAGAUUUAUCUUGUUUCUACAAUGAAUCUUGUUUAUCUGAAUUAAAGUUUCAGUUGACAGAUUCACCGUCACCAUUUAAUGCUACACCGCUCAAAGUCAGCACUUCAGGAGCUUCUCUACCGACUAUUGGUGAUCUCAUUGCGAAUUUGAUGGUGGAGGAAUGGUAUUUUAAUUCAUCCUACGAAUCGUAUUUUGAUCAGUGUAAUCCACAAACGUGUACCUAUACAUAUGUUAAACAAUUUGAUAUCGUCUAUGUGAUUACGAAAACAAUUGCCUUCAUCGGUGGUAUUGCAACAAUUCUAAUGCUGAUUACACUACCAAUUGUUACAAAUAUUCGACAAUGGAUCAGUGCACGACGAUCAUCAGCUCACGGUAAAGUAGAGGGAAAAACUUGCUAUAUGUCUAUGUGUCGAUGUGAAAAACACUAUUGCCACUAGAAAAGCCGCUCUCUUCUAUCUAGUGCGUCGUUUCCAGAACGAAGUUCUGCUAGUUUCCGACUUUACCACUAAAAACAGAUUAAAAUAUGGCCCGGUGUAAAAUACUACUCUUCUUAUACAUAACGGUUCACUCUUCUCUUCUCUAAAGCAGCUGCGCAUAAAAAGAAGA